AUGAAUGAAGGAAUCAAAGAGUUCAACAAUGCGGUCGAAAAGAGAGAUAUCAAAGUUGAUGAACUUUGUGAAAAUAUGGAAUACUGCCGAAAUCAUUGGAUUGGGGAGUAUGAUGGCACACUUCUGGGAUUCGUGGUUCUUCUUCGGCGAGGAGUUGGCAAGAAUGAUGAAAACACGAGAAUUGCCGUCGUUAUUGUCAAGAAUCUCAAGGAUCGAGUCCGAACAAUCGAAGGAGAUUUCUACACUGGACGGGAGAAGGACGAAAUUUUGAAUUCCAUGAUUCAAACAUUCACUCGGUAA